AUGACAAAUGUUUAUUUCUAUCGAUCCCGUUUUGAUCCGGGACUGAGUCGGACCGGUAAUUCUCAUACAAGCAGAUCUCGACGAGGUGUUAGUUCCCAUCAUCCGAGUUUGGCCCUGCGUACAUUUCCUUUGAACGGGAGAAAUAAACUUAUAAAAACGGAUCCAAAUUUCCUUCUCGUUUACUCAAUAUUUUUCCCAUCGAAAUCAUGGCUUUCAUCGAGAUCUCAAGAGAUUACGGAUACGUGCGUGAUUGUUACUGGCAUCGCCUCGUUGUUUAUGACCACUUACCUCGGUGUUAAAGUGGGUUCCGCUCGAAAGAAGGCAAUGAUUCCUUAUCCUAACAUGUAUGCUAGCCGAGAAGAAUCAGAAAAGGAUCACAAUAAAAUGAUCUUCAAUUGUUAUCAAAGAGCUCACCAGAAUACCCUUGAAAACUAUCCACAGUUUCUUUUCACUCUCCUGAUUGGCGGUUUGAAAUACCCACUUCUUUCGUCAAUUGGUGGUGGAAUCUACAUUUUAGGUCGCCUAGUGUACGCUUGGGGUUAUCAGACUGGGGAUCCAACUAAAAGGCAUCGAGGUGUAUUCGGUUACAUCGGUACUUUGAUAUUAGGCGGUACCUCAAUUGCUACAGCCGUUAGUUUAUUAACUUAA